UCACUAUAGAUAACGCCCCAUCUGUCGUUGCUCCUGCUCGUGCGAUAUUAACCAUUUUGCCGUUACAGCACAACCCUCUCAUUAAUCGCAGUCAUUGAUCAUCAUGGUGACAUUGUCGUCUGUUAUCCAGUGUUAUUAAUAUCACUUAUUAUGAAUUAUUGUUAGAAAAUAAUCGUAUGUUAGUACGGCUGUCAUAAUGCUGUUAAAUAGAAGUACAUGUGUACUUCGUCGAUAUUUGCAGCGCAAACCAUUUGCAGUUGGUGCAUUGUAUAUUCCAGAAUGCAGCAGUAAUUAUAGAAACAAGUUUCAAUAUAAGCAGACUCGUGAUUUCCGAGAUUUCGGUCAUACCCCUAAAAAAGUACCAGUCUAUCAUUUCUUUCCAUUAAUACUUACAACAAUAAUUAUUUUUGGCUGUUUCCUUGACUGGCAACGUUUUUUUAACAUAAUGUCUGAUGAAAUACCACCCAAAGUUCAAGCUGCUGAAUUACCAGUACAAGACAGUGAAGAUAAUGGAGACUUGGAAAAUACAGAACAUGAUUUACAGAAGAAGAAGAAACCCAAAAAAGAAAAGAUUGGAUUUCGAGACAGAAAGAUAAUAGAAUACGAAAAUCGUAUGAGACAUUACUCAACGCCGGACAAAGUGUUCCGUUACUUCGCGACCCUCCAGGUCACGAGCAACGAUGCGCACGAGGUGUUUAUGACGCCAGAUGACUUUUUGCGAUCAAUGACGCCCGGCGUUAAACAGCCCGACGGUCUUGGGCUGGACCAGUAUAGGCGUUAUGAUCCAAAGAAUAUUCACACAAAGUUAGAAUUGGAACUGGAUGAAGAUAGUAUUUUCUAUAAGCUGGGCAGUGCGGGCCUCAUUACUUUCUCCGAUUAUAUCUUUCUGCUGACUGUAUUGUCGACUUCGAGACGUCACUUCGAAAUCGCCUUCAGAAUGUUCGAUUUCAACGGAGACGGUGAUGUUGAUUCCGAGGAAUUUGGAAAAGUGGCUACACUGAUACGGCAACAAACUAGUAUUGGCACUCGACAUCGAGAUCACGCCACUACAGGCAAUACAUUUAAGGGAGUAAAUUCUGCAUUAACGACAUACUUCUUCGGGCCACAGAUGAAUCAGAAAUUAACAAUUGAGAAAUUCCUGGAUUUUCAGCAGCAAUUGCAACGGGAGAUACUGAGUCUUGAGUUUGAACGACGAAAUCCAGACGAGCAUGGAAAUAUUACCGAAGUAGAUUUCACAGAAUUGUUAUUGGCUUAUGCCGGAUAUCCAGCUAAGAAGAAAGCGAAAAUGCUGAAGAGAGUGAAGAAAAUGUUUAAGGAAGACCCACAGGGUAUCAGCAAAGAAGAGUAUCUCAAAUUUUUCCAUUUCCUCAAUAACAUUAAUGAUGUUGACACAGCCCUGACGUUCUAUCAUAUAGCUGGCGCAUCUAUCGAUCAAGCAACACUAAAACACGUAGCCAAAACCGUCGCACAUGUCGAUCUAAGUGAUCAUAUUAUCCAAGUGGUAUAUACGAUUUUCGACGAAAACAUGGAUGGACAACUUAGCAAUCGGGAGUUUGUAGCAGUGAUGAAGAAUCGUGUUCUUCGCGGCCUGGAGAAGCCAAAGGAUACUGGAUUUGUUAAAUUAAUUCAAUCUCUGAUGAAGUGCGCAAAACAUAGCAACCUCUUAGCAACGUCUUUUGAUAAAUAAUCGAAAGCAGAUAAGCAGAACUAAAAUAAUGCUUAAUUUAUGUUUAACAAUUCCUGCGUUUUGUUGUGUUGAUAGUAAUUUAUAUAGAAAAAUAAA